AUGGAUCUGGAUGUUCACUUCGACAACACUGUUGAAAUCGAAGAGGACGGCCGCAUCAGCGUUGCGCUACCAGUGCAAGAAGAGCGAAUUGACGAGUUGGGCCAAAACUACGCACUGGCCGCUCGCCGCUUGUCAUCUUUGUUUGUCAAAGGACAACGAGACCCGGCACUAUGGGCCGCUGUCGUAGAAAACUUCCAUGAACAGGAGAUGCGAGGAUUCAUCGAGGAUGCGCCAAAGCAGCCAAAGGCCGAAGAUCGCCAAACGACUGCCUACCCGCAGGUCCCAGCUCGAUCCCAUCCAUCCCUGGCA